AUGACAACUGAUCCGUCUUCCAAAUCUUCUGUGGUCUCUCCCUUUCAUCCGGCAUUGGGUGUCACGAAUAUCCGAAACCUUGUUCCCUUGGUUUUGGACGGUGAAUCAGUGCAGUAUACUCCGUGGGCUACACUCUUCCGCAACACCGCUAAGGUUUAUCAAGUCCUUGAUCAUAUCGAUUCUUCGGUCUCGAAACCGCGUGACAUAGAUGAUGAAUUAUGGGAUCGUCUGGAUGCAGCAGUUCUCCAAUGGUUAUAUGGUACGAUUUCUACUGACCUAUUGUACCGGAUACUUGAUGAGAAAUCUACGACAAUGGUGGCUUGGCACAAAUUGAAGGCUCUUUUUCAGGACAAUGAAGGCACUAGAAUUGUUCAUCUUGAGAAUCAAUUUAGGACCAUCACAUUGACGAAUUCCACUUCUCUUGCUCAAUAUUGUUAG